AUGGAGCGCCAGUACAUGUACCGCGCGCGGCGAAGCAUGCAGACGCCACAUAUGGCAGCAGAGCUGGCGGCUAAGGACACAGAAGAGAAGCCACGUAAACCGAAGCGCAGCCCAGCGACCGCUUCGCCGUACCGCACACCCAUCGCUGCAGCCUCCUUCUAUGCGAGUCCCAGUCCUUCCCGAUCAAAACGUAUACCCUCUUCGGAUGUAGCAUUGGUGAAAGGUAAGGCGCCUCGCAUAACAACUGAGGGAGACGACGAUAGUCGUGACGAAAUUGACUUCCUCACCCCCCCACAAGGCCUCCAUGAUCGCAUGCGUUCGCGCGAAGGUGAUCGCCGUGAUUCGGUCCGUCAUGUUCGCACAUCGCAGCCGACACAGAGCAUCUCUGUUGAUCUAGCUGCAAUGUUUGUCAACACAACAAAUAGCUGCCAAGAGGAGGGGCUGACGUUGGUAUCGUUUCGUGAGCAUAUGACGCUGUUUUAUCAGAACAAGGAUUGUGUCAAGAUCGCCUGGCGCGAUGUCAUAUCUUGCAAGCUAGGUGGAAGUGCACAUGCCAUGAUUGCGUUGGAUAUCGUGCCGCACAGCACUACAGGGAAAGCCAUAUCGUCCCUGUGUGCGGACUCCUUGCAUGAUACCAUCCACUUGUUUUUGUGUCCACGCACAGGCGAGCCCAACUGUGACUCGCAAUGGAAGGCACUAUGUCGACGUAUCCGCGAUGGUAUGCAGACAGAAAUCCUACCGGAGCCAGGUAGCAAGAGCAUGUACGAAUCCCUCGUACAGCAAUGCACACAGCCAUUCCAUGUACCCGGCCACACAGUGCUUUCGUCGGAUUCGUCACUACAUCAGAUCACAGCACCAACGCCCGGAAGGACGCAACGAAGCCGUACUACCCGCGCUACGCUGCAAAAAGAGACACAGACGAUCCCCAUUGACGUGGAUUCUCCACCUGCAUCCCCCGUCGAGGCCACAGGUGCUAUGGCUCAACACUAUACCCGCACACAGACAAAGGCCGCAGAGACAGAAGAUGCUAUUUCCAAUGAGCCGAUCCUUCGAUACCCAGCACAUGGCCCCUUUGCCGUGACACUUUUGCGCUCAGACGUGCGCAGACUAAAUGACGAAGAAUUUUUGAAUGAUACCCUGAUUGAAUUUGGGCUGCGGUACCAAUUGGAGCAGAUCAAAGCGCAACAUCCCACAUUGGCGGACCAGAUUUAUGUGUUUAAUACGUUUUUUUACCAUAAACUGACCGAGUUUCGUGAUCGAAGCAAGUCGUAUGACAAAGUUCGCAAAUGGACACAUCGUGUGAACAUUUUUGAUAAAAAGUAUGUGGUGGUUCCCAUCCAUGAGAAUAUGCAUUGGUACAUGGCCAUCAUUGUCCGUCCUCGAGCGGUGUGGGAGCCAUGGAUGAAACGGCACGCCGCACCCACAACGCCGCCGCCGCCGCCCAUGGCCGUGGAGGAAACACCAAGGGCAAUAGACCGUCCCAAGAAGCCAAACGCGGGCCCACGCACACCUACACGCAUUGUACCAGGCGAGAGCCGACGGUCGCCUCCACGUACACCGGCUUCUGGACCGACCGAGGAGGAAUGUACAUACGUUCUUGUCUUUGACAGCCUAGGGACAAGCCAUGGGCCAGUGAAAACGGCCCUUCGCGACUACCUUCGGCUAGAAGCACGCGAUAAGCACAUGGUACCUUCCGAUAUCGACAUGCGCCAACUGGGCGACCCGAUCCACAUUGACGUCCGCGUGCCUUCGCAGCCAAACUUUUGCGAUUGCGGCGUGUACUUACUGCACUACUUUGAUCGGUUUUUCUCUGACCCUAGCCACUUUUUCAAGAUUUCCUUGGCGUCACGCAAAGGGUUGCCAAGCUCUACGGAUGUACAUUUGGACUGGCGAAGUGACGACGUUCACUCGAAACGGCUCGGCUGGCGGUCGUUGGUCGAAUCGCUCUCGGCCACCUGGGCCGCGUCCUCCACACCUGAGGACGAGGAGGAAAGCACAGGCCUCCUCCACGUGGAGACGAGGCCGGAGUAG